AUUUUGAUCUCCCCCCUCUCUCUCCUCUCUGCCUCUCUCUCUCUCUCUCUCUCUCUCUCUCCAGAUCCAAAUCAGAGAGAAAGAUAGGACGAACAAGCGAGAGAAUAAAACGCAGCGAUCUCUCUGAUUCCCCCGUUCACAGCACUUUUCACAGGACAACGAAACUUCAACCACCUUUUUCUGAAAAUACCUUUUCUUCCCCUGUUUCAUGUAGAUCCAUCACAUCUACUCUAUCCCAGCUCACAGGUUGGUCACAUUUCCCUGAUCUCUCAUUAAAUCAAAACCCACUUCUCAUUUCUAGGGUUUAACUCAGUUCGAUGCAUUAAACAACCAGUUCUACGAGAUCAAUAUUUCGCUCAAUUCAUGGUCUCUAGAUCGUGAAAAUGGAUUCACAGCCUUCCCAAUCGGGAAGGUUCGUAGACAUUGGUAAGAGUGAAAAAGGCCCUAGCCGGACCAGUUCGGAUUCGUCUUUGAACAAGUCAUUAUCGGAUGCAAGUAGCCAAAGCUUAGCUUCAAUUCUUAACAACCCCCACGGCGGAGACGCCUCCUGGGUCGGGUGGUGGUCAUCGUCAACCGCCGUGACUGCACCAGAAUUCGCGCCAUUGGUACCGAACAAGGCCGGCUCGGAAGUGAGCAGAUCCGAUUUUCAGCAAUACUUGGUUUCUAUCUUUGAACCGUACGGCCGAUUUGAGGACAUUCGGAAUCAUAUCAACAAAGAGAGUGUUGAUUUGGAGAGCAUUGGAGGUCAGGGUGAGGCCCUCGUUGCGUGUCUUCGAGAAGUGCCGGCUUUGUAUUUCAAGGAGGAUUUCGCAUUGGAAGACGGAGGAACAUUCCGGGCGGCGUGCCCGUUCUCGUCCGGUUCGGAGAAUUUGGUGUUGCAAGAGAAGCUGUCACAGUAUUUGGAUGUGGUCGAAUUGCAUUUGGUGAAGGAGAUAUCACUUCGUUCGAAUUCAUUUUUCGAGGCCCAGGGGCAAUUGCAGGACUUGAAUGUGAAAAUUGUCGAGGGGUGUAGUCGGAUCAGGGAAUUGAAGGAGACAAUAAGGCUCUUGGAUGCAGAUUUGGUAGAUUCAGCACUGCAAAUUCACGACUUAAACACGACAAGGAGUAAUUAUUUGGCUCUUCAACAAAAAUUAAGGCUUAUAUUAUAUGUCAACCAGGCUCUGUCAGCUCUCAAACUGCUUGUUGCAUCAGCAGAUUGUGCUGGAGCUUUAGAUGUCACUGACGAUUUGCAGCAUUUGCUGGAUGGCGAUGAGCUGACUGGUCUACACUGCUUUCGUCACCUUCGGGAUCAUGUAGCAGCUUCAAUAGAUUCCAUAAACAGCAUUCUUUCAACAGAAUUUAUGCGUGCGUCUAUACAUGAUGCUGGAAAUAUGGAUGCAGUAAUAUUGUCAAAAGCAAAAUCAAGGGCAAACAUACCCACAAAUGGAGAAGACGAUGAAGUUAAAUUGGAUGAAGAAGAAUCCUCUAAUUUCCGAGAUCAACUUCUUCCUCUUAUAAUUGGAUUGCUUAGAACGGCAAAACUCCCCUCCGUGUUGAGAAUGUACCGUGAUACACUUACUGCUGAUAUGAAAACUGCGAUUAAGACUAUAGUUGCUGAGCUGCUUCCUGUUCUUGUUGCCCGACCUUUGGAGUCAGAUUUCACACCAGGAGAACGAAUUGUGGAUUCAGACGGUGGAGGCUCGUCACUUGCGAGCAGGUUAAGAAGCCUAUCAUCUGAUAGCUUUAUCCAACUCUUGGGGACUAUUUUCAAGAUCGUAAGGGCACAUUUAGUGCGGGCUGCUGAAGUUAAAAAGGCCAUUGAAUGGAUAAUGUGCAAUCUUGAUGGUCACUAUGCUGCUGAUUCAGUUGCUGCUGCAAUUGCAGUAGGCGCUGCAGCUUCAGAAACUACUCAGGAUAAUGGUAGUCAUGUAGGCUCACUGCUGCCAUAUUCUCCUCAGAAUAAUGCUGCCAGAUUUCCUUCUUUUCAGGGAAAGGCAAAUGACGCAAGUAGUCCAUCAAAUAUGUCUAGAAAUUUCCGAGCUGAUGUAUUGCGAGAAAACACGGAAGCUGUAUUCGCAGCGUGUGACGCAGCGCAAGGGAGAUGGGCAAAGCUCCUUGGGGUUCGUGCUCUUCUUCAUCCCAGGUUGAGAUUGCAGGAGUUUUUAAGCAUAUAUAAUAUCACCCACGAAUUCAUAACAGCUACAGAAAAGAUUGGUGGAAGGUUGGGAUAUAGCAUCCGUGGAACACUCCAGUCACAGGCCAAAGCCUUCGUUGAUUUCCACCAUGAAUCUAGAAUGACAAAAAUCAAGGCAGUGCUUGACCAGGAAACUUGGGUCGAAGUGGAUGUUCCUGAUGAAUUUCAAACCAUCGUCACUACGCUGUUUUGUUCCGAGUCUUUCAUUACUGCAGACACAGAUGAUGCUGACGGUACCGUUUCAACAAAUUACAGUGAAGUGACAUCAAGUAAUGAUGGUUCGCUCAAUGCAGAUGCUGGACUUUUGAAUUCUCAGCAGCAUAUUGAACGGACUGAAUCUAUUGAUUCAUCUGGCGAUCAUACAUCACCAGUGAAAUCUUCAUCCUUGGGUGGGUUAACUGAUAAUAAUAAAGCUGAUGUUAUGACCUCAGCUCAGAAUUACAAUUCUAUUGUGAAGGAACGUGGAAAAUCUUCCUCUCGAACGGUAUCAUUCAAAGGUGUUGGUUAUCACAUGGUAAACUGUGGCUUAAUUUUGCUGAAGAUGUUGUCGGAGUACGUUGAUAUGAAUAACUUUUUGCCAGCUCUGUCAUCAGAAGUUGUUCAUCGAGUUGCUGAAAUUUUAAAAAUUUUCAACACGAGGACUUGUCAGCUUGUUCUUGGUGCUGGUGCCAUGCAGGUGUCUGGUUUGAAGUCUAUUACUUCUAAGCACUUGGCAUUGGCAAGUCAGGUUAUCAGCUUCAUAUAUGCUAUUAUUCCUGAAAUCAGGAGGAUUCUGUUCCUUAAAGUGCCCGAAACACGAAAGGCGUUACUGUUGUCAGAGAUUGAUCGAGUAGCACAGGAUUAUAAGGUUCAUCGAGAUGAGAUACAUACAAAGCUGGUUCAGAUAAUGAGGGAAAGGUUGUUGGUUCAUCUUCGAGGGUUGCCACAAAUUGUCGAGAGUUGGAACAGACCAGAAGAUGCUGAUUCACAGCCUAGUCAGUUUGCUCGAUCACUUACUAAGGAAGUUGGCUAUCUUCAACGCGUCUUAUCUCGAACUCUCCAUGAAGUAGAUGUUCAAGCAAUUUUCAGGCAAGUGGUCAUAAUUUUCCACUCACAAAUUUCAGAAGCAUUUUCAAACUUAGAGAUUAGCACUCCGCAAGCAAAAACCAGGCUGCUUAGGGACAUUCAGCACAUUCUUGGAUGCAUUCGAUCAUUGCCUUCUGACAAUUUAAGUAAAUCCAAUACCCCCAACUGGGGGCAACUUGAUGAAUUUUUGGUGCAAAGAUUUGGUGCUGAAGAUAGUCAAUAAAUGUUUGUAAAGUAGCAGAUUGAUUAUAUCUUGAUGAAGAGUAACCAGAUUUGGUGGGAACAUUUUUGGAUGUCUGAUGCAGUCUUUGACUUAUGCAUUACCGUUGUACAAUUAAGGUGUUCGAUUUCUUGCUGGAUGAAGUACUACUGUAUCACAUUCAAAUGCAGCAGCAAGAAGGGUCCUUCGCCAGAAUUUUUGUAGCAUUCAUACUUGGGUAUACAAUUUGUAAUGAAAAAGACCCUUGAUAAUUUUUUCUUUUUUUUCAAUCUUUGUAUUUUUCUUUUCUUUAGAUGAAACUUCUUGAUUUGUUGGUUUUAGGAACAAAGGUCUAGUGUUAUUUUUCAAGUUUGCCUUGUGUUGUUUCCUUUCCUUGAGGCUGGAAUCAGUUUCAUAUAGAGUAAUUGUUUGGUGCUUAAUGCAAAUAUGCUUUCCAAAAUCACAAAGUAGUGAUAAUAGUUCAUUUUUCUUUUCUUUUCUCAUACUGUAUAAUUACCAAAGUUUUCUAGUCGUUUAUAUAUUGUAUUGGUUUAUACUGUGCGUUGUAUGGAAUAUUUGAACUCAUUGAGAGGUAGCUUGUCUGAGAAUUUUCACCA